AGGACGUCCGCCAAGACCACAAUAUAGUUGCAGGCGAUUUCCAUCAGCGCAAAGAUCGUCGAACAAUUGCACGAUUCCAGUAAUGCUGAAACGAUGUGCAAGAAUGACUCGCAAGCGUUUUUGACUCGCAAGCCUAUUUCGGACCCGAGUUGUCAUUGGGAUCAGAUCGAGCCGCGCCUGUUCCUCUUUGACUCGCUACGUUUCUCUACAUAUUUACUUGGCCCUUCGACACUAGCUAACUCUGUUUUUGAGACGCGAUUGCACCGCUAUGGCCGAUGUGGUGGGAUCGGACACGCGCCAUUCUGCAUCAACUCACAAACCGCAGCGUCAACACAUGACCAACCACGACAAUGAUCGCAUCACGUACGCCAAAACAUGGGCGGAAGAUGUGCAAAACUACCGCGCAGCAAAAUCUGUUUUGCCUUGGCAACCGGGGCAGCAGCAACCUGUAAAGUACGUGACGCGCUACGAGAAAUCACGCGAGGAACGCGAAUACGAUGCUCUUCUUGGACGCUUCCGGAGCGAAGACAAGGAAAUGGGGCUCCAGCAACGUGAGAGCACGGAACUCAAACGCAACCUUGAGAAAGGACGGGCGAAGCAGCUCCGAACGAUUCAGCGCUUUAACAUGAUCAGCAACGAGCCAAUGUACCCUGGAGCUAAGGACCCAACGGACAAGCAACCGGUGGCACAUCCGAAUCGGAAAAACAGCGCUGCCGACUACAACAUCGUUACAAAUUUUCCACACAACGGAACAAGUGCUUCUCCACCAGCCACUGGCAGCUCACCUUCUCAUAAACCUCACCGGGAGUUCAACAUCCUGACUAAUAAGUACUUUGACCGUCACGACGCCCGAUUCAACAAAGAAGCCGCAGAAGCCAAACGGAUAGCCGCUCAAAAGUACUUCAAGACGCGGACAUUCGACCCGAUUCGCAUCACGUUCCUCGACGAAGAACGCGAAAAGGAAUUUCUCAAGCGCAGACAAGAGCAGCAACAAGUUCACGGCAAAGAUCGGGUGCUAGUACUGCCACCACGCGAGCAGUUCUCUGAAGGGCGCGUGUACAACAUCCUGAACCAGCAAGUCAUCAAUCCGAAUAAGCUGACCACCAUAAACAAUAAGGAUCAGCGUACACUGAAUAAGAUCAAGAAGACGGCGUUCGAAACGAAGAUGCGCGAGGUUGGCGAGACUCAACGAGCUCGAGACACGGACCUUCAACUCAAUCGUUUCGCCCACGAACGCCACACCGAGAGCCACGCUCAUGGCUAUGAUGUGCUCUCCAAUCAGCCCUAUGCGGGUCGAGACGCCAAGCCUCUUGCUCAUCCAAGAACACACGCAGCCUUGACACCCUGGCAAACCAUUGAAAGCGGCCUGCUUGUCAGCAAUCGAGUCGCAUCAAUAGCUCCGUCGACUUCUCAUUCGAGAAGAGUCCUGGUACAGCUCAGAUACUAA